AUGCAGUCUUUGAGGGGGUCAGGCAUGGACAUGGGGAUGGACACAAUUAGAAACAUUAAUAUCGCGUGUUACGCCGAAUUGUCGAUGUUGCGCAUGAGUUCUCGAAGCCCAAGUUGUUCAAGUGUUGAAAGCCGGAGUCUCUGGUGUGCGAGUGGAGUCACGGGUUGCUCAUAG